AUGGAUAGAUCAUGGUUGAGAGCUGAUAGAAGAACCAGAGAGUAUCAAUUAGGUGUAGAAGAAUUGUUGAUGUUUGCUUUUGAGCAUGGGUGUAAUGCAGAAAAACUAAGUUGUCCAUGUUUAAAAUGCGCACACACUAAAUCAUGGAAAGCUCAGACUGUUAGAAACCAUCUUUUCCAACAUGGUAUUGAUGAAACUUACACGCGUUGGAUAUGGCAUGGAGAGACAAAUUUAGCUGGGACUCCUUCUUUAGAUGAGACAGACAGUACUGGAUCUGAUGGCCACGUCUACAGAGCAAUGGAUGGUGGUGAUGAAGAUUAUUACAGUUCUUCGGAUUCAUCAGAUUUUAUUAACCAUGUUCAAAGUGAACAAGAACCUCUUUAUCCCGGAUGUGAGAGUCACACUAGGUUAAGAGCGUUAGUUAAACUGUACAACUUGAAAGCAAAGCAUGAUAUGUCUGAUUCAUGCUUCUCUGAAGUUUUAAUUUUGCUUGGUUCUAUGCUUCCAGAAGGUAACACUAUCCCAUCCUCCUUUAAUGAAGCCAAAAAAACCUUAUGUCUGCUAGGAAUGGGGUAUGAAAAGAUUCACGUAUGUCCAAAUGAUUGUCUUCUAUACCGUGGCGAGAGAGAUGAGGAUGAAAUUGUUUGCCGCAUAUGUAAGGCCUCAAGGUGGAAAUUAAACAAGAAAGGAGAGGAACUUGAAGGGGUCCCUGCUAAGGUUUUAUGGUAUUUUCCGUUGAUACCAAGAUUGAGAAACUUAUUCAAUACAGAUCACAUUGCAAAGAACAUGACAUGGCAUGAUACCGAGCGAAAAAAAGAUGGUAAAUUGAGACAUCCACCAGACUCAAAAACAUGGAAAGAUGUUGACCAAAAGUGGCCUGAAUUCGCAUCAGAGACUAGGAACCUUCGACUAGCUUUAUCAUCUGAUGGAUUCAAUCCUUUCCACGGAAAUCGUACUGAUCACUCAACCUGGCCUGUAUUAUUAUCGAUUUACAAUCUUCCACCCUGGCUUUGUAUGAAGAAAAGAUAUAUAAUGCUUUGCUUGUUGAUAUCUGGCCCGACUGAGUCAGGAAAUGAUAUUGAUGUGUACCUCCAACCGCUUUUAGAAGAUUUACAGGAGUUAUGGAAUGGGAAGCAAGUGUACGAUGCAUAUAAGAAAGAGUUUUUUAUGCUUAGGGGAAUUUUAUUAUGGACAAUAAGUGAUUAUCCGGCUUUAGGUUGUUUGUCCGGCAAUGUCACUAAAGGGUAUAAUGCUUGUACAGUUUGUGUUGAUCAAACAAAUGCUACAAGGCUGGUUAAUUACCGCAAGACAGUGGUUAUGAGGCAUCGGAGGUGGUUACCAAGGCAGCAUCCAUAUAGAAGGCAAAAAUCAGCUUUUGAUAACACUGUGGAGAAGGGCGUUGCUCCAAUUCCUUUGACUGGAGAGCAAGUUUUUGAAAGAGUACAACAUCUAAGGAGCCAUGUCUUUGGUAAGAAACAACGCCAACCUCGAUGGAAGAAGGGUGAACCUCGACCCAUAUGGAAGAAGGUUUCUAUAUUCUUCCAACUUGAGUAUUGGAAGUUUUUGCCAGUUAGGCAUUGCCUCGAUGUAAUGCACAUCGAGAAAAAUAUCUGUGAAGCUUUGGUUGGUACUCUACUUAAUAUUCCAGGAAAGACUAAAGAUAGAGAGUCUGUCCGUCUUGACAUGGCUGAGAUGGGAAUAAGAACGGAGCUGAGGCCAAAAACUCCUGGAAAGAAAGAGAAGGUACCCUUAGCAUCCUGGAACUUAUUAAAUGCAGAAAAGAAAAUUGUUUGCUCAUCCUUUCUUAAGAUGAAGUUGCCAGAUGGAUUUUGUUCAAACAUCAAGAAUCUCGUAAACAUGGAAAAACUUCGGCUUGUUGGUAUGAAAUCUCAUGACUGCCAUACAAUAUUGCAUCACUUACUACCAAUUGUAAUUCGAUCAAGCCUUCAAAAACAGGUCAGGUGCACAAUUAUUAGGUUCUGCCUAUUUUUCAAGGCAAUUUGCAGCAAAGUCAUCGAGAUAGAUAAAUUAGAAAAAAUGCAGUCUCAGUUGAUCGAAACCUUAUGCCAGCUAGAGAAACACUUUCCCCCGUCAUUUUUUGAUGUGAUGAUACAUCUCUCAAUUCAUCUUGUGAGAGAGGUUGAGCUUUGCGGGCCAAUCUUUCUUCGUUGGAUGUAUCCUUUCGAGAGGUAUAUGAAGACCUUCAAGGGGUAUGUACGGAACCCAGCUCGUCCAGAAGGUUGUAUUGCCGAGGGGUAUUGUGCAGAAGAGGCUGUGCAAUGUUUGGUUGACUUGGAAGAUACUACAGGAUUGCAUCAAGAUACUAAACAUAAUGAAGAUAUAAUUUGCAGACCCUUAUCAGGUGCAACAAUAAUAAAGCCCAACAGUAAGGAAUUGCACCUAGCUCAUUUGUGUGUUCUUCAAAAUAUCAAUGACGUUAGGCCAUAUUUAGACGAACAUAUGGCGCACUUGAUGAUGAGAUAUCCACAACAUGAGAAUGACGAACACUGGCUAAAAAACAAGCAAAAUGAUGAAUUUCCUAAAUGGUUACAGAAAAAGAUUAAGUCAGAGUUGGUUGAUGACAAGAAUAAGGUAACUAAAGAGAUCAUGUGGAUUGCGGAAGGCCCCAACAAGGAUGUUCCAACAUUCAGCGGCUACAAAAUUAAUGGUGUAACUUAUAGCACCAAAGAGCGUGAUGAUAAACGACAAGUUCAGGGCAGCGGUGUUUGUGUUGUUGCAGAUACAAUGAUUGUGCAGAGUAAGGGUAUAGAUAUUCAACACACUUCACACACAUAUUAUGGAGUCAUAACUAGUAUAUGGGAGUUAGACUAUAACGAGUUUAGAGUCCCUAUAUUUCGUUGUAACUGGGUAGAUAUGAACAGAGGGGUUAAAGUGGAUGACUUAGGAUAUACAUUGGUGAAUUUACAAAAAUUAGGUUCUGUAAAUGAUCCAUUUGUUUUAGGGAAACAUGUUAAGCAAGUUUGUUAUAUUGACGACCCUCUUGAGAAAAUGUGGUCUGUUGUGUUGAGAUUACCUGAGAAGAACUAUUAUGAUCAAAGUGAUGAUGAAAAUGAAGGAUCCGUAGAAAUUGAACUUGAGAAUGAGCUAGAUGUGCCAAUGUUCCCCACUGUUGACGAACACGAGGAACAAAACUCUAACUACAUGCGGGAGGAAGACGAAUUGAUCCAGCUUGCAUGA